AUGGUCUUCUCGUACUUCCCGGAGGCCGAGGCCUUGUGGAAGCCGAGGGGCGACUUAAACCUCAGCUUGUCCGUCUCGGGCCCCGGCCGCCGGACCUACAUUUCGAUGCGCGGAGCCCACGACCAUGAUGACAUUGACGAUAAUAUUUCCUAUUAUGACAGCUAUCACCUCAUCGCGAAGAAGCGGCCGAUGAUGGUGCUCGCGGUUUUUUCGAGCUUCCUCUUGGGAGCUCUGUUACGAACUGUUAUUAAAGAAGUAAAAAUUCCUAUUCUGGUAAUUAUAUGUUUAGUAGGAAUUGGCAUUGGAACAAUAGCCCGUUUUUCAGAUCAGCUUCUUUUUGUGAAGGACUUUGCAGAUAUAGAUCCUAUACUUUUCCUUCAUUUGUUUACACCAGUUAUAAUAUUUGCAGCUGCAUUUGAGAUGGAUUUUUAUAUAUUUCGAAAAUCAUUUUGGCAGGUGUUAAUUCUUGCGGUUCCUGGAUUUUUGAUGAACUGUGCUUUCCUUGGAUGGUUAACUUUUAAAAUUAAUAAGUAUGAUUGGUCCUGGGAUGAUAGCAUGCUAUUUGGAAUAAUUCUUAGCACAACAGACCCAAUCCUUUCUGUAACCUCUGUAGGAAACAUUGGGCUUUCAAAAAUAGUUGUCAACUUAAUAAAAGGCGAGUCUUUGUUUAAUGAUGCUACAACAGUAAUAAUUUUUGAGUUAUAUAGGGAUCUUGCAAGACAAACUCACCAUGAAUUGAUUAAAGAAAUUUUUAUAAAGUUGAUUUUGAAAUUUUUUGCAAGCAGUGCUUUGGGAUUUUUUACUUCAAGAUUAGUUAGUUAUUGGUUGCAACGCAUUUUCAAUGAUGGAGUAGUUGAAAUAGUUAUAAGCUUCUCAAUGGCAUACAUUAUUUUCUUCAUCGCUGAAUGGCUUGGAAUGUCUGGAGUUAUUGCUGUUUGUAUUUUGGGCCUUCUUUUAGAUACUGUAAGCUUUAGUCCAGGAUUGGAUAUAUUUCUUUUUAAGUUCUGGUCAAUGUUGACCUUUUUGGCUCACAUUAUGAUGUUCGUUAUAAUGGGAAUUGUGUUGGCUCAGAAGGCAUUUCCACAUUUUCAUUCUCGUGAUAUUUUUUAUAUUAUAACACUCUACCUUUCAUUAAAUCUUACAAGGGCUUUGGUUGUUUUUGUGUUGAGCCCUUUUUUGAGUCGUCUUGGCUAUGGAUUUAAUUGGCGUUGGGGAGCUGUUUUGAUUUGGAGCGGAAUGAGGGGCACCUUCACUUUGAACAUGGCUCUUGGAAUUAGCCAAACAGAAAGCAAAUCUCCAAAUGAGAUUCAAAUUAAGACCAUGUUAUUACUGCAUUCAGGAACCGCAUCUAUGUUGACCUUGAUGAUUAAUUCUACUACUGUGAGAAGUCUGGUUACAACACUAGGCCUUUGUAAUAUUACUCUUCCAAAACGUAUGGCAAUGCAUAACGCUGUUCAGCGAAUCAGACAAAUGGAAGCCAAUGCAUUUGCAAUGCUGAAACUUGAUAGAUUUUUGGCUGAUGCAAACUGGACAAUGGCUGAAGAAGCAAUUAAAAUAGAUUAUCCUUAUAAAUUAGAUUCAGAAGAAGUUGAUCAACUGAUCAAAUCACUUAGAUGUCCAGAAUGUAAUACCAAUGUUACAUUUGAAGCAAGUUCUCAACAAAUUGCUGACAUAAUGGAAGAAGCCAGAUUACGUCUUUUAACUGCACAAAUAGCCAGUUAUCAGAAGCAGUACAACAGUGGAAUGCUGAACCAAGAUGCUGCCCAAACAUUAAUAGGUGCAGCAGAAAGCUAUGUUGAUAUUGAAGGAAAGUUUAUGAAUAUUCAUGAAGUAAAGACUUAUUGGGAAAGCAAAGGAGUGCUGGUAAAGUUGAAGAAAUUGCUAUCUGAUUGGGUUUACAGUGUGAAAGAGGAAACAUUUAAGCCACCAAAAAGCAAGUUUUUAAGAAUGUGCCACCAUAUGGUAUUUAUGGACGAAUUUGAAUAUAUAAGUACCAUGAUGACAUUUUUGAACGGUGUCCCUAUCGUUCUUCACUUUAUACCAAAGUAUGCGGAUAAUUUUGUUGAAGAACUAAAAAUGUGCAACUACUAUUAUCUGGCUUUGUAUAUAUUGGAAGCAUUAUUUAAGGCUUUUGCAAUGGGGAGGACCUACAUCUUUUACCACUGGAACCAGUUUGAUCUUAUAAUCAUAGUAGUGGGAGUUGUAGAUGUCAUGAUUAGUAACUUCUUUAAAACACUCAGAACUAAGUUUCAAAUGCUUAGUACUAUCAGGAUAUUUCGGUUUUUUCGUGUUUUAAGAAUUCUGCGGCUCUUUAAGCUUAUGAUACCUAGAAUUAUUUAUUUAUUGGACAAGCAAAUAAAUAAACAGCUCACCUUCCGGUAUGAUAUCGCCAAAGGAUAUGUUCAAGGUGAAGAAGAUACAAAUUGUUUAAUUGGACAGAUUGCUGGCCAUGAGAGAGUUUAUCAAGAAAUAAAUAGAAUAUUGGAAACGAACAAACAAGAGGCUAUGAAAGAGUUAGGGUUAAUGCAGCGUGAUUAUCCAGAGAUUGUCACAGGUGUGAAAACCAAACAAGCAGUCCAAACAGUGCUAAACACAGCUUUUGAAACUCUAAAGUUUAUGAUUUCGGGAGGAAUUGUUGAUAAAACUGAAGGUAGUGAACUACAUAAGAGUAUUCUAAUUAAAAAACAACAGCUUGCAGCACUUCCAUCUACAAUUGCACCUCCUACUGCACAAGAACUUCUGCGUAAUGUCAUUUGGCUACAGAAUGACAGAAAACAGGUAGAAUACAUUCAGAGAAAAGCAAAAAUUCUUUAUUAUGAUUAUGGAGAUAUGAUAUUUGAGGAAGGUGAAUUACCACAAGGAAUCCAUUUAAUUGUAUCAGGAAUGAUAAAGCUUUCUGGUUCCAUUCCUCGUUAUGGAGUUGGUAAAGAAGCUUUUAAAGAAAUCCGCGCACAUCUUCCAAUCACUUCCUAUACAGACUACAUGGUUGCUGGGGCUAUAAUAGGAGAACUCAACUGCCUGACUAAGCAAGAAAUGGAAUAUGGAGUUACUUGUGAAACUGCUGUGCAGACAUGUUUUAUCUCUAUAGAUAAUUUGCUAGAAGCUUUUGAUAAGUUUUUGGAACCCCCCUCCUUAGAAUAUAAAAUAUGGCUGAAACUUGCUCUUGAUAUUGCUCUCAAAACUUUCAAGGAAAACCUUCCUAACCAGGACUGGAAUUACAAGAUGUGUGUGCAACUUUCUAAUAUUUAUUUGCUGGAUGUACCAAACCACACCAAAUGUGACAUUUAUGAUGGGAGUAUGGAUGAGGUCAUUCUUGUACACGGAACUGUUCUAGAUUGCCAACUAGGGCAGCGUUACUAUGCGCCAUUUCUUUUACCUAAAACCUGCCAUCAGGUACAAGGCACUGCAACAUCAACAAAACUGCUGGUUAUACGAACUUUAGAGCAAGGAGCAGGAAAGAACCUUGCAGCAUCCACAAGCAGCAGUGAGGGCCACUAUCAUUCAGCUCGCCGACCUGGUAUGAAACAGCUUAAAUUUUCACUCAAACUCCCAGCCAUGCUGGAAGAGAAGAAUGGAGCAGGGAGGGAGGAUAUAAAAUUGGCAGUACUCAUAGGAGUUGCAGGGGAGAUAGGAGGAGGACUUGGCCAAAAUUGCCUCCCCUCUAGUGUGCAUCCUCUGUUGGAUGUCAGCACCUUCCAUGAAUGGAAGAAGCCUGUCCAUUCCUAG